AUGGACAGGCUUCGCAUCAAACGGUCUAUCCUUAGCAUCACGUCACCCGGCACCCAUCUCCAGACUGGAAACUUUGAGCUCGCAAAGCAGAUUACACGCGAAACCAAUGACGAAAUUGCUACCGUUUGUCGCAAGUUCCCAGAUCGGUUCAAAUUCUUUGCCUCUCUCCCUCUACCCGAUGUGGAGGGUUCGCUCGAGGAAAUCGAUCGCGCUCUAGAACUGGGUGCUGUAGGCUUUGCUCUUAUGACCAAUGCUCAGGGCUACUAUAUGGGAGACUCGCGAUUUGAUCCCGUCUUCAGCAAACUGAAUGAGCGAAAGGCAGUUGUGUUCGUCCAUCCGACACAGUGCUGCUCACUAGACAAUCCAGAGACUGAUAAGCCCCUGGCACAGUAUCCAACGCCUAUGAUGGAGUAUCUGUUUGACACGACUCGAGCCGUUGUGAAUCUUAUCCUAUCGGGCACAGUUACCAGAAAUCAGGAACUGACAUUCCUUGUUUCUCAUUGCGGGGCGAUGCUGCCUCCGCUCAUUGAAAGAUUAACUACAUUCUCGGCGACUCCGCUGCUCAAGUCUUGCGAGAGAUUGUCGAGUGAUCAGGUCAAAGAGCUGCUUCGUACUCAAUUCUUCUUUGAUCUUGCCGGCAUGCCAUUCCCGGAUCUCAUCCAUGGAUUCCUGAGAGUUGGAGAGUCGAGUCGUUUGCUUUAUGGUAGUGACUAUCCUUAUACCCCUGGGCAUAUGACUCGGGCUCUCAGUCAGAUCAUGGACAUGAAUCUCCAACAAAUGUUCAGUGAGGAAGAGAUUCAGAGAAUAUACUCGGGCAAUGCGGAAACUCUCGGAUUGUGA